CUCCACCACCGAUCCUCCAUUCACGACGGUAUAUUGAGGCAGCUACUAGCGUCGGUAGUAGCUGCUCUGCACCGAACAUUAACUCCGUCCUAUGCUUUGAGCUUCUACCACCUUAGGAGAAGAUUAAUUAGGUCGCUCUUCAAAUUCAGAUUUCAAUGGGCGUGCCUGACAUGGAUGAACUCAGUUUCACUGAUUCUCAGCUCCACUAUUAUGUUAAGGAUGCGCUCAAAUCUGCUAUUCAGGGUGACUGCGACUUUUACAAUCAACUUGUGGCUGUGAUGCAUCGUAAAGAGCGUCUUUCUGCUGCAGACGUCGCCCUUCUUGUGACGUGUUUGAAAGCAUUGACUGGAGCAGUAUCUUGUAUAGAUAUCAGUCAUCAUAAGUCCCUACUUGCUGCAAUAUUAAGAAUGAGUCUGUGGGAUUAUGGAACUGAUGUUAUGGAUGCAUUGACUGAUGCUCGUUGCCUUGGCUUCAUCAAAUGGGGAACAUGUUAAUUUCUGCUUGGAGAUGCUUGUAAGCAAUUUCGUGCCUCCAUCUGCAUACUUUGAGAAACACAGAGGUCCAUCUAAAAAGAGUGAAGUUCUUGAUCGUGUUCAUUCAACUUUAAUUGACAUUGCAAAUGUAGUUCCUCUUUCACCGAUGAUACUCGAGAAGUUAGUAAGAGAUAAAAUGCCCCAUGUAUACGUAAAAGAACAGGUAGGAUCAUAUCUUGGGGUUUUGGUUCUUUUAAGAAAAUUGGUAUGUUAAGUGUGCAUAUUAUCCUUCUUCUUCAGUACAACUUAUAAAAGAUUGGAACCAUUAGAGGUAAUUCAAAAUCCUCAAAUGUGUUUUGUUUCUCUACUUAUCAAUACCACAUGU